CCUAGAGCGACGGAAGAGCUUCCGGCUGUUUUUUCCCCCGGUUUUCCAGCAUCCUAAAAGAACGCUUCCCGGUCGCGGCAGGAGCACUUCCGGUGGCGCUUCUCCCGGCUUUCAGCCUCCUCCGGUAGCAGGGAAGCCAUGUCCACCCUCUUCCCGUCCCUGUUCCCACGCGUCACUGAGGCUCUGUGGUUCAACUUGGACCGGCCUUGCGUGGAUGAGAACGAACUGCAGCAGCAGGAACAGCAGCACCAGGCCUGGCUGCAGAGCAUAGCUGAAAAAGACAAUAAUUUGGUGCCAAUUGGAAAGCCAGCCUCAGAGCAGACUUACGACGAGGAGGAGGAAGAGGAUGACGAGGACGACGAGGACAGCGAGGAGGACUCCGAGGACGAUGAGGACAUGCAGGACAUGGACGAGAUGAACGACUACAACGAGUCUCCCGACGACGGCGAGAUUAACGAGGUGGACAUGGAGGGGGCAGAACCAGACCAGGACCAGUGGAUGAUCUAGACGCCAGAGAAGCAAAGGCUGCCGUGAAGGGCAGUCUGCGGACGCCAAAGAGGUUCCUGUGCCUGGCUGCUUGCACCCACGCCAACGUGGCUGCCCUGCGCCCGCCGUGACUCCCUCCCAGGGUGAGGGGCCGGCUGCCUGCCCGUUGCCCCACAGGCUGACUUCCUGCCCUGCUUGGCUGAGCCGUUGACCGGCGCGAAAGCCUUCAGGAUGGAGCCGGUGUCUCCCGCAGCUGGCCGAGGGCUGGGCCGUCCCUCGUUCGGGCAGUCGCUGGCCUUCCCGCUGUCGGGAGGAGCUAUUUUGUAAAUAAAUAAAAUAAAUAUUUCUUUCUUCACUCGA